AUCAUGGCGUUAUUAAAUUUAGGAGACGACCCUUGGUUAUUGGAAUAUGAAUCAUGCGAAAAACUACGAAGAGAUAUCAUGGAGCAAUUAUCACUAAGACAAACCCUGACUAAAUCCUCCGAUAAAUUCGCAAGUCUCUCAGCAAACAUUAGGAUUCGAUUAAAACAGUUUAAUAACGAAGUUAAUGAGUUACGGGGAAAACUCGAAGUGAUUGAUUUAAAAACUAUUACGUUUAGUGAAAAAGAAAGGCGUAAUAGAAACGUGGAAUUAUUAGCAUCGGAAUAUAUAAAAAUGCAAAAAGUGUUUGACGAUGAUAACAGGAGUUUUAAUCGAGAUAGAAUUAAUUUAUUAGGAGCUUCCACUUGGGGAUCGGAUGAUGAGCAACUUUUAGGGGCUAGUUCAACUGAAAAAACUGUCGGUGAAUUAAAAACUGACCAAAAAACUAUGUUGGAAGAACAAAAUAAGGGAUUGGAAAAUUUAUCAAAUAUAUUAGCACGACAAAAAAACAUUGCUAAUACAAUAAGUACAGAAGUUGAUUUGCAUCAUGAUAUUAUCGAAGAUUUGGGGUCGCACAUUGAUAGAACGGAUGUUAGAUUAGGUACAGAAACUCGUAAUGUAGCUGCAGUUGAUCGUAAGGAUAACACAUGCGUUUAUUGGGUUGUAAUUGUAUUGUUAUUUAUAAGCAUUGUUACUGUUGUUUGUAUUUAAUU